AUGGCUGGCGCUGGUGAAAACUGGUUUUUUGGGAGGCCGAAGUCGGGUGUCUUUAAAAACACCCCGAUCCGCGUUGUAAACAAGUCGCCGCUGGUAAGAGGAAGCGUCUCGGACUUUUUUACCCAUAAAGGGGGGAAGCGCGCUCGCGAGGUGCUUUUUAGCAAUGUAAGGCGGUGCCAGAUCUGCAAGAAGCCAUGUGCCGUGAGCCUUUCAGUGUGCAAUCGAUGCAAUGCCUCUCUGGAUGCAGUGCCGGUAACGGAAACGCCCAACCUGUUUAGCGCUUUUAUGCUUGGUAUAGAAAAUAGUGGCGAGUUUCCUCUCCAGAUUUCUAUUCGGUACGAAACGGAGUCUUGUCUUGUAUUUGAUGAUCCGCUUGCUCUCUCGCCAGUACAUUUUUGUGCUAUUCCUACGACCAACUUUAUACCGGAUUGGCGCUAUCUCCUUUGUUCCCCAAAAGAGGGGCUUGAUAUCGUCCAAAGCCUUGUGGACGCAUCCCACAAGACGUUCAGAGAACAAUUUCUUGCCGAUCCUGAAUGGAAAUCAUCUAUUUUGCGUGUCUCGGAACUGGUGGAGGCAGAGCACACUCUCCUUGGUUUUAAUUUUCCGCCUUCGCAGAACCAAUUACACCUACAGUAUAUUGUGCCACCGUUGCUUCCUCACCAAUAUUUCAUGUUUGCCAGGGGUCAACACUUUACUCCCAAACGAUUUUUCCCUUUGAGCUAUGUUGAAAAAUGUCUCGGAGAUCUUACUGAAAGAGCUAAGCCACUAGCAACGUAUCAUUCUCUUCUCACCAUUCCCAUUGAUGAAUUGAUUGAUACUUUGGAUAAGGAGUGUGGUCUUUCAUACGAAAGCGAGCAUGAGAAAUUCAUCUCGCGUGUCAGAGAAGUGCAAAAUCGGUUUGGUAAUUGGACUGAAGACAAGUUUCAUGGGGUAUAUCGCCUCACUGAAAAUGAUGAAUCCAAGAGGGGGAAACUUUUGUUUAAGUCAUUCUCCGAGGCUAUUUCCUAUAUUGAUGAGAAUAUUGCCUUUGCUGAGGAAAAGGAAAAGCUUCAAAACUAUGGAAGACCUUACGAUGAAAAUGGUAAACCCAACGGGGGAUUCUACGCAUUUCCAAAGAGCUUGGAAGAUAUCAAAGUUUGGUCCUAA